UUCUCAAUUGCAAUUAACAUUGGACACCAGCAGCAGUUUUUCAACCAAGAUACACACACAUCAAAUAAACAUGAGAUUUUUCAUUUGCUUGAUCCUCUCUGCGUUGGCAUUAAGUGUGUAUUGUGAUAAUAUUGAUAAAAAUGCCGAAAUCCAAUCCUUGACCAACGAGGCUGCUGAUGCUGAGGGCAAUUACCACUAUGCUUUUGAAACGUCCAACGGCAUACAAGCUCAGGAGGCAGGAAAUCCUCAUGGUGCCACUGGCUCCUUUAACUAUGUCUCACCCGAGGGUGAACACAUUGCCCUAAGCUACACCGCCGACGAGGAGGGCUAUCAUCCUGUGGGUGAUCAUUUACCAACACCACCACCAAUACCAGCAGACAUUCUGCGUGCCUUGGAAUACAUUCGUGCUCAUCCACCAGCCAAUUUGCAGGAAAAGAAAUAAAUGUAGUCUAGAUGCGAUUUAAUAUUGCAAAGCAUGCCAAUGCUUCCGCAUUCAUUUAGCUGUAUGCAGCAUAGGGACUCACUUUAAAAAGUCCCCUUCUCUUUGUACAUUCCCAUGGUUUAUGUUUAUCUAGAUAUUUUUGUUUAUUUUAUUUACUAAGGCUGUUAAUA